AUGACGUACACUUUAUCAAUGCUUCAUAUUUCCCUCCCCCCCCUCCUCCUUCUCCUCCACCACCUCCACGGCGGGGCUGCUUGGAAGGUUCCCCAUCAAGCAUUUGACAACCUCCAGCCACCUCAUGGCCACCAGCUGCCAUUGGCCCUGGAUCACGAUGAGGAUGUCGAUAUUUACGGUGCGACAUCAUAUGCUGGUCUAAGAACGUUUGCGAACCUGCCGUUCGUGGACUGCUUCUCGGAUGAGAAUACAAAGGGACACAAGUAUGACAUUGCGGUCUUCGGUGCCCCUCACGACACAACAACCACUGGUCGUCCCGGGGCUCGGUUUGGCCCGCCGGCCAUUCGGAGCGGUAGUCAGAGAAAAUCGCCCGGGCAAUGGAGUGUGUACACGGGAAGAAACCCUCUGCAAGACUGGGCUACCGUGGUAGACUGCGGCGACGCCCGCCUGACCUGGCUGGAUAACACGGCUUCAUUGAAGCGUCUCGAUAAAGUCCACACUGUCCUUUCGGGUAGACCGGCAGCGAACUCAUCGGUGUCGUCCACGCCGAGGAUUCUCACGCUCGGGGGAGACCAUACAACGACGCUGUCUGCUUUGCGGUCGACCUACCAGAGAUGGGGUCCUGUCUCAGUCAUCCACUUUGAUAGUCACAUCGACACUUGGGAUCCUUUAGUUUUAGGUGGAGGUAUUUCCGAUUAUGCAGGUCUUAACCAUGGAACGUUCCUCCAUAUUGCUCAUGAAGAGAACCUGAUAUUGAAUACCUCGAUCCAUGCGGGUAUCAGAGCUCCAUUGCUCCGACGGAAGGGUGACCUGCGGAAUGACCUCCGAUGCGGUUUCGAAAUUGUCACCGCACGCGACUUGGACAAGCUCGGCACCAAAGGUGUGAUCUCCAAGCUCAAAGAGCGAGUCGGUGACUCUCUAGUCUACAUCAGUGUCGACAUUGACGUGCUUGACCCGGCUUUCGCGCCUGCAACUGGCACUGCCGAGCCGGGUGGCUGGUCUACGAGGGAGCUUCUUGCCAUUCUUGAUGGCCUUGAAGGCCUCUCCGUUGUGGGUGCCGACGUAGUUGAAGUUGCGCCGGCCUACGAUAAUAACGGAGAGACUACUGUUCUCGCCGCAGCCGAGGUUGCAUAUUCGUUGAUAGAUCUCAUGGUUCUAAAGCCUGUCUAG